AUGCAUUUCGCCACCACUGCCCUGGGCCUCCUUGCCUCUGCUGCUGCUGCCAGCGCCGCCAGCGUCACCUUUGUGAACACCGAUGGCUUGAGCCGAUCAGUCAUCUUCACCCCCAGCCCUGGGUCUGACAAUAUCGAAACCUUGGCCAUUGACAACUUUCAGAACAAGACUGUCCAGUUUCCCGAUUCUUGGGAGGGCAAUUUUUUCGCCCACCAGAAGGGCCAGGAUGCAAAACCCGGCAUGCUCGGUGAAGUGAGGUUCGGCGGUUGGAAUGGCCUGACCUACUUCGAUGUCUCCGCCAUCGUGAAUCCCGACGACAAGGAAAACAUCAAGCAGAUGUGGCCCGCCAAUAAAAAGUCUCCCACGUCUGGCUGCCACAAGUUCCCUUGCAACGACGCCUACUACCUCCCCGACGACGUCCAGACCAAGGUCACCGACGAGGUCGACCUGAAGUGCAGUCUUGGCACAGGUACCAGUCCCCUCAUUUAA